AUGACCGCACUAGAAACCGAACCGGAAGAGACGUUGAUCCCAGACAACUUUUCCGACUUUUCGAACCCUGACCUGAUCGAAGCCAGUUUGGAUCCGCCAGUCCUGCAAAGAAAAUUGAUUGCCAUACCAACAUAUCAAACCAGAUCUGGGUACAGCGACACGGAGGAUGACUUGAGAAGACUGCCAACAAAGCCUGUUAUUAUUGCUGUGAUUGCUGCAGCCGCUCUCCUUCUGGCGGUGCGGCCCCAGCUUUUCUCUGACACCGUCCUUUGCCUGCUUCUAUUUGUGCCAUACCCGGAUUUUGCCAGACACUCGAGGUGGUGCAUUGUCCUGCCGCUUCUCAUCUACGACUCAACACAGGGGAAACUCGAAAGUGCUGUGCUUCUUAGCCUGCUGGCCACAACAACUUUCAUUGACUGGUCGUAUGCUUGGGGAGUGGUCAACAGGGGUGGCGGCUGA